UGGAGUUCAAAUCAAAACCGAAAGUAAAAAGAUAUAGGACACUGUCACAAAGCGGAAGCUCCGCAUUUUUCACCAUUUUCGUUUGCCCCUUAAAUUGCAUGUAUUUUUGCUCGACUUGCGCGUCAUAACACCCCGCAGGGAGCAUUCGGGAGAGCUCGGUUCGGCAAGACUGGUCAGACGCCCACCGAGAGAUGAAAAAAACGCGGGGGUACGUGCGACUCGGCCUUCACGAGGAGGAUGACGAGGAAGACAUGGUGGACAUAUUAGAAGAAAGGAGGCAAAGCAGUGACAUAGGCCACGCCCUCAGAAACUUUAUGCCCCGCCCUCACAGAAGGCCAGAGGCCUUUUCUGCCAGUCAACUCAACGCGGCCGUGCUGGACUCCCGCCAAGUACGCCACGUGACGGUCGAGGUUGCCAUGGAGACGGGGUCGCCACCAGAGGCGGUGAGAGCGCAAGCGGCGGCCAUCUUGGAGGAGAUGUCCCAAAAGCUGCAGUUGGGUUUUGUGCGUCUGAUGGGCUUCAUGCUCAGCAAAGUCCUCAAGCGCAUCUACUCCGCCAUCUUGGUCAACACGCGGGCGCUCGCCACGCUUCGGCAACUUAUGGAGGACGCGCCCGUCGUCCUGCUGCCCAACCACAGGAGCUACACGGACUUUUUAGUCAUCUCCUACAUUAUGUUUACUUACGACGUCCCGCUACCCGUCAUCGCUUCUGGACUGGCUCUGGCUGGGAUGAAGUUGAUGGGCGAGAUGCUGCGUCGCUGCGGCGCUUUCUACAUCAGGCGCGACAUCGCCUCCAACAGGCUGUACUGUGAAGUGCUGUCGGAAUACGUGAAGAGCCUGGUCAGGACAGGAUUCGCGCCGGUGGAAUUUUACAUCGAAGGCUACCGGAGUCGCUCGCUCAAAUCCUUGACGCCCAAGCAAGGGAUGCUGCAGAUGGUUCUGGAUCCCUACUUUGAAGGCCAGGUGGACGACGUCAUCUUGGUUCCUGUCAGUUUGAGCUACGACCGACUUUUAGAAGAAUCCCUGCUGGCCCACGAGCUACUGGGCAUUCCCAAACCCAAAGAGAGCACCCUGGGCCUGCUGAAGGCCGCCAAGGUCCUAGGCGAGGAUUACGGCCGCAUGCACGUCAACUUUGGCCGGCCCAUGUCAGCCAGACAACUUUGUCAAGGCAAAAUGGAGUCGCUCGUGUUGGAAGACGUUCUCGAGGAGAAACGGGCUUUUUUGAAGCGGCUGGCUCACGUAAUCGUUCGAAUCCAAGAGCGAGGUUGCUUCCACAGUCCGUGGUCCCUCAUGGCCUGCCUGCUGCUGCAAUGGCCGCCAUCGGUCUUGAUCCAAACGGGCCUACCUUGGCGACGCCUGGCCGAAAGGACGCUAUGGUUGAAGAGGUUGGCGCUGAGCUUCGGGGCGCGGCUCAACUGGCCCGGACACACCCCCGACCUGGAAGUGAUGUCAUCGGCCGUGGCUCUCCAUUACCCAUCGGUCCGCCUGAAGGCACAACGUGUCUUCCUGGUGGUGGAGGACGAGGAAGCGGCGGCGGGCGGGCGGGAAACCGCUGUGGCCAAGAUGGCGGCGGCCAUGUUGAUGAUGGCGUCCUACCGCAACCAGUCGCUGCACCUUUUCGUCCGGCCGGCCUUGCUGGCCGUGGCCUUGAGUCUUUCUCCGAGCGUCCGGAGGGAUGAGGUCUUUGCCACCUUCUGCUUCCUCCGGGACGUCUUCACAAGUGAAUUCAUCUUCAUUCCUGGCGAGGCCCAGGAGGACUUUGAGGAGGCAUGCGGCCUCUUGAAGAAAUGCGGCGCCCUCGACGCUACCGACUCCCAGGAAGUGAGGGCGUGGGAGGAAGGCGGCGCUGAGGUGUUGUCUUUCCUGCGGGGGCUUCUGAAACCUUUCGUGGACUCCUACCUGGUCAUGUUGAGGUUCAUCAGUGAGCUGGAUGCACACGUGAUCACCGAGCAAGACUUCCUACCUGCUGUGAGGAGUUUGGCGACCACGCUCCUUCUCGCAGGCAAGCUCCGCACCUACGAGUUGUUCUCGUCCGACGUCCAGAAGAACUUCCUGGCGUUCCUCAGGAACCUGGCAGCUGUGACAAAGUUGAAGGCGUCAGAGAAGGCGUACCGUGUCGAUAAAGACGCCGUGAGACGGAUUGAAGGCAUGCUCUCUGGCCAAAUCCGUCCCCCGAAGAUCCAGACUGAACCUGACGCAAGACUUUAGUCUCCGCUGGAACGAGUCCAGCAUCACACCACAUUUGCACGCUCACCUCCACUUGACCUCUGUCCUCCUCCUUGCGCCGCGCUUUUCUUUUCAGUGUCGCCAAGCAUCAUCAUCAGCGUUUCGAUUUGAGCCAGUUAUAUUUCUUUGAAACUUUUAUAUGAAGGAGUGUUGGAACUGCACUGAAAGGAAAUAUCAUGACAAGGUUACCAGACUAAGACAUGGAAAAAAAUGAAGACAUUUAUUUUGCAUCAAUUAAAUCUUGUAACAGUU